UCUAUCUCUGUUUCUCUCCGCAGUGAAAACCCUUAUCUGGUAUUGUUCAGCUUCUGCAAUCAGUUGCCAUCUCCUCCGAUGCCACCCCUUCCGCUACUGCUCUUUUGUUUCUUCUUUGUCUUCUUCCUGAUAUUGCACCGAUUGGUCCUGAGACUGUCGGCCGCUGGCACCGUUCCUUCGUGCCACGGUCCCAAAGUGCACCCCGUCAUUGGAUCGUUGCUUCCGUUCUAUAAGAACAGGCACAGGCUAUUGGAUUGGUACACGGAGAUGCUCAAGGCAUCGCCGAACCUGACCUUCGUCAUGUGGCGCCUCGGUGCUCGUCGGAUCGUCGUCACUGCCAACCCCGAGAAUCUGGAGCACAUGCUCAAGACCAACUUCCCUAACUAUCCCAAGGGCAAGCCCUUCACCGACAUCCUCGGCGACUUCCUCGGGCGCGGCAUCUUGAGCGCCGACGGCGACCUCUGGCACAUGCAGCGCAAGCUCGCGAGCCACGAGUUCAGCGCCCGAUCCCUGCGUGAAUUCGUCGUUAAUGUUCUGGAGCGCGAGGUCGGCGAGAGACUGCUACCCAUCCUGUCGUCCGCGUGCGCCGACCGGCGGGUGGUCGACAUGCAGGACUUGCUCCGCCGCUUCGCCUUCGACACCGUGUGCAAGAUCUCGUUCGGCACAGACCCCGGCCUCCUCGACCCCUCGCUGCCCGAGUCGGCCCUCGCCGGUGCCUUCGAGGUGGCCUCGGCGAUCAGCGCAAAGCGAGGGGCUGCGCCGGUCUUCGUGGUCUGGAAGGCGAAGCGCGCGCUCGGCGUCGGCUCCGAGCGUCAGCUCCGAGCCGCGGUGAAACUGAUCCAUGCAUCCAUCAUGGAGGUAAUUCGGAGGAGGAAGGCGACGCUGGAGAAUGGCACACAGCACAAAGACCUCCUGUCGAGGCUCAUCACCGGAGGCCACGAGGAAGAGGUGAUCCGCGACAUGGUCAUCAGCUUCGUGAUGGCGGGGAGGGACACGACGUCGGCGGCUCUGACAUGGUUCUUCUGGCUCGUGUCAAGCCACCCCGAGGUCGAAGCAGAGCUGGUCAAAGAAGCGAAACGAGCCAAGGGACGAUCGGACUUACAUGCGCUCAAAGACAUGAAAACGUUGGAAGCCUGCCUCUGCGAGAGCAUGAGGCUGUACCCGCCGGUGGUGUGGGACUCUAAGCACGCGGUAAGCGACGACGUGCUGCCCGACGGGACGCGGAUCAGGGGAGGCGAUCGGGUGACGUACUUCCCCUACGGCAUGGGGAGGAUGGAGAGGCUCUGGGGGGAGAACUGCCUGGAUUUCGAUCACAGGAGGUGGUUGUCGGAGAGCGGGGAGGUGGUGCGAGAGUCGCCGUUCAAGUUCCCGGUCUUCCAAGCCGGGCCAAGGAUCUGUCUGGGGAAGGAGAUGGCCUUUCUCAAGAUGAAGUACAUUGCGGCGGCUGUGCUCCGAGAGUUCGCGCUGAGGAGGGUGGAGGGUGAGCGACAGAAGCCAACGUUGGUCCCGAUGCUCACCGCGCACAUGGCUGGUGGCCUACAAAUGGUGGUCGACAGGAGGAAAUAAUUGGGAUAAUCCCCGUGUCAAUAAUUUCUCAAGAAUAUAUACAUAUAUAUAUAUAUAUAUAUAUAUAUAUAUAUAUAUAUAUAUAUAUAUAUAUUUCCCGAAUCCAAUCCAAAGACCAUUUUACACGAUUUAUCCCAAACGACGCCUCACCGCAAGCAGAUUUAACCUCUCAAUGGGCCUAUCAUCGCUCAUUCUGUCAAAAGGCCAACCAGAAACCGUAUGGUUAUAAGAGAGAGAUUAAACUUGGAUAACACUGAAAUGAGCAGCUUGAUAUUUUUCAUCAUCAUCCCGAGCUCGAGGAGCUCAAAAUCACCGGAAGGCCUUUUUAUGUUUUUUGUGGCAUGCUUUUUUCGUGCACAGGCCAUUGUUGUGGAGACAAGGACGGAGACUGCCGAACCGCUGACACUUUAUCCGACACCCCUCUGUCUGAUUCCGUGGGAAGGACGCCUGAAUAAGCUCGGUGAUAUUGAUAUGGAUAGACUUGUGGAGUAAGCAAAUCAACAUUAGGUGUUGUUGAUUAGGAGUAACGAUGAUCAAUUACAGUUGCAGUUUGUGAGCGUUUAAUUUGGUCGGUCGGUUCAUAAGAUUAAAAUAAAGUGGUUCUUCAAAAGAUUAUUGUUGAAAAAUAAGUAGAGAAAGAGACAUUUAUGCUUUUGAAUUUUUUGUAUUAUUAUUGUGUUGUAAUGGAUUCAGGGGGCAGGAAACUUCCCUCAUUUAUGUC